UUUAGAUGUUCGUGCAAUAUGCGCUGUUACAAAAAAGUGUUUAUAUUCUCAUCAUGUUGUUUCAUCAUGACUGUUAUUUUUGGGUUUGCGGCGUAUCGGUCGAUUUUUGAGUACGCAAUACGAGACCAAGUGUCACUUCAUAAACGAAAUUAUGUACGACAGUUUUAUUUAAAAUUUCCCAUGCCCUUAGACUUUCGUGUGUACUUCUUUAAUGUAACCAACCCAGAAGAUGUACAAAAGGGAGGAAAUCCGAUUUUAAAAGAAGUUGGACCUUAUUGCUACGAUCUUUAUAAAGAACGAAUAGAUGUAGAAGAUGAUGAGACCGAAGACAGUUUAACCUACACACCACACGACAACUACAUAUUCAGUCAAGAAAGAUCUGGAGAAUUAAAUGACGAUGACUACGUGACCAUCAUUCAUCCCCUCAUGAUGGGAAUGGUUAACCACAUUGCUACCAAAUCUCCACAGUUCUUGACGAUUUUGGAUGAAGCUCUUGUGAAAUUAUUCCAAAAUGAAUCUAUCUACCUGACAGCUAAAGUCAAAGAUAUUCUUUUCGACGGUAUGUUAAUCAACUGCACUGCAAGAGAUUUUUCGGCUAUGGCUGUAUGUACUCAGUUAAGAACAAAAAUGCCUGGUGUUAAAGUUGAUGGAAAGGGUUAUCUACGUUAUGGUCUUUUAAGUCAGAAAAAUGGUACUAUUUCCACAAGAAUCAAAGUUCUUAGAGGAGUACGAGAUUCAGCUGAGUUGGGGCAACUUGUAGCUGUGGAUAACAUGACUAGAACCGAUAUUUGGUCUAACGAAGUGUGUAAUGAAUUCCGUGGAACAGAUGGGUGGAUAUUUCCACCACUCUCUGGUGACAUGGAGCAAAUAUGGAUGCAUCCUGUCGAUUUCUGCAUGAACCUUCACGCUGAUUUCGUUGAAGAGACCAGCAGUAACGGUAUCUCCGUCCGAAAAUUUUAUUCAGACUUUGAAGAUCAAUGCGCUAAUUGUUCUUUGCAAAAGCCAUGUCUUCCUCGGGGUUUAGUUGAUUUAACUGAAUGCAUCCACGUUCCUUUGUACAUAAGUUUGCCACAUUUUUUGAAAAGUGAUGAAAGCCUUUUACGAAAAGUACAUGGUUUAAACCCAGAUACAGAAAAACACAUUACUAGAGUUCUUCUGGAAGGAACGCUAUCUCUACCGAUAGAAGCACAGAUACGAGUUCAGUUUAAUUUUCCUCUUCAGUCAGUGGGUAAAAUACGCUUCAUGCAAACCAUGCCUGAAGUUAUUCAUCCAGUAAUAUGGGUGGAAUUAGGCGUCGUUCUGAACGGAUCGUUUCUCAGAAUGAUACAAGCAUUUUUCUAUUUCUUAACAUUUGUAGAAAUUUUCAAAUAUACGAUGUUGAUCUUAAGUCUUUUGGGAAUGGGAUAUGCCGCUUACCUAUAUUUAAAUAACAAAAAAAUGUACUCUAUGAAAGACACAAUUUCAUACAAUAAAAUAUUAGUUGUAUCCUCGGUUUCUUUAGCGGUCAUUCUUCUUUUUGGAUUUGUGGGUUUCUCAGGAAUAUUGAAAUUUGUAGUCAGAGAUCAAACGGCUUUGAAAAAACGCAACCUAAUGAGAAAAUUCUACCUGAAAAUUCCCAUACCUCUCGAUUUCAGAGUUUAUUUCUUUAACAUUACCAAUCCAGAAGAGGUACAAAAAGGACAAACUCCAGUCGUCAAAGAGAUAGGACCAUACUGUUACGAUGCUUAUAAAGAAAAAAUCGACAUUCUAGACAACGAAGGCGAGGACAGCUUAACGUACACCCCUUAUGAAACAUAUUUUUUCAAUCAGGAACGAUCCGCAAACUUAACAAGCGAUGAUUACGUAACUAUUCUUCAUCCUCUAAUUGUAGGUAUAGUGAAUACUGUGGCCAAAGACUCGCCCCCGCUAUUACCCAUUGUAAACAAAGCCCUUAAAUCAAUGUUCAACGAUCCCCAGAAUAUUUACCUUACUACCAAAGUUCGAGACCUUUUGUUUGACGGUAUUAUUAUCAACUGCAGCUCACAGGAUUUUUCAGCAGCAGCAGUCUGCACACAGAUUAAGACUCAAGUUCCAGAUUUAACUGAAGUUAGGAGGAACGUAUUUAAAUUUUCUCUUUUGGGUCCGAGAAAUGGUACUUUGCCAAAUCGGUUUAAAAUUCUCAGAGGUAUAAAAAAAUCUCACGAGCUGGGUCGUUUAGUUGAACUCAAUCACGAAAAAGAAUCGAAUAUCUGGUCUACGAAAAAAUGUAACAGAUUCGUAGGAACAGACGGAUGGAUUUUCCCACCUUUUGUCGACAAAAACGCGGGAAUAUGGGCCUUCACAACGGACUUGUGCAGAAGUAUUCACACCGUUUAUACUGAAGACGCCACAGUUCAUGGGGUCCACGUAGAAAAGUAUUACGGUGAUUUAGGAGACAUGUCCACAAACCCAGCAGAAAAAUGUUAUUGUCCUACUCCACGGACAUGUUUACCAAAAGGAAUAAUGGAUCUAACCCGAUGUAUGGGAGUUCCCAUUUACGUUACUCUUCCACAUUUUCUUCGAGUAGAUGAGGCUGUGCAAAAUACAGUUAAAGGGUUAAAUCCCGUUACUGAUGAACAUAUUGUCAGAAUUCUAAUACAACCAUUGUUGGCGGUGCCCCUAGAAGCCCAGAAACGUAUCCAAUUUAAUUUACAAAUUCAACCAGUUAAGAAAAUUAAUUUUAUGAAGACCUUACCCACCGCGCUUCAUCCCCUUCUUUGGGUGGAAGAAGGAAUUAUACUGGAAGGAUCGCUUCUAAAAAUGAUACAAUCCGUAUUCAUAGCUCUAAAAGUAUUUAAUGUUGUCAAGUUUUGCUUGUUGGGUAUUUCUCUUGUUGGAGUGGGUUAUGGCGGUUUUCUACACUACAAAGAAAGGAAUUUGGGAAAAGUGACGCCAGAGGACAAUGUGUCAUCGGCUACGAGUAAAAGCACUGAUCAGUUAUUUAAAUCUGAGUUGGAUACGGGGGGCAAUAUCGUGCUAGAACGAAGACAAAUGGGGAAAAUUGCUGUUCUAGCAGGAGAUGGUUUUCCACUUCAAGGAGAACCCGAAACGAGGAUUGAGUGGAUGACCAUUAUCGCAACAACCAGACCUCGGAGCCUGAAAAUUGGGAACCCCAAGAAAUCUGAUAUCUGGUCGUAG